AGAUGCGUGAGACUGAGGCCUAAGAAAUGUAGCAUGGCGACCUUGCUGGCUCGGACUUUUGUACGAACAUUCUUCUUUCCUAAAACCCCUAAUUUGACAUUUAUACUGAAGAGAACACACCGCUACACGAGCACAGCUUCGUCGAAACUCCAUGUGAACGGAGUCGACAUUCAUUUCGAAGUUGCUGGUGAAGGGAGCCAUGUUGUCUUAUGUAUGCCUGGUGCUCUUGGUUCAACGCAAAGUGAUUUUGGUCCGCAGCUAAAGCGACUUAAGGAUGAGUUUACAGUUAUAGCUUUUGAUCCUCGAGGAUAUGGAAAAUCGACUCCUCCAAAACGGGAUUUUCCAAUUGAUUUUUUUGAAAGAGAUGCAAGUGAUGCUGUUUCCCUAAUGGAGGCACUUGGCCACUCUAAAUAUUCACUCUUAGGAUGGAGUGAUGGGGGAAUAACUGCCAUGAUAUUGGCUGCUGCUCAUCCUGAGAGUAUCCAUCGUUUGGUAGUUUGGGGAGCCAACGCCACUGUAACAGCCAAAGAUAUUGAGCUGUAUGAAGUAAUCAGAGACACAUCAAAAUGGAGCCCAAAGAUGAGAGAGCCUUUAGAGGCCUUGUAUGGAAAAGAAGGACUCCAAGAGAUGAACAGUGGCUGGGUAGAUGGCAUUACUCGAUUCUAUACUGACAGGGGUGGUGACAUUUGUACCAGUGCUGUCAAGAAGAUUGAUUGCCCCACCCUGGUAGUACAUGGGCAGAAGGACCCCCUGGUGCCACAAUUUCACCCCGAGUAUCUACAUGCCAACAUUAAGGGUGCCAAGUUGCAUGUCAUGCCUGAAGGAAGACACAACCUUCAUCUUCGAUUUGCUGACGAAUUUAACACACUUGUCAGUGCAUUUUUGAAAGGCGGAUCAAAAACUUAAACCCUUUUUCGAUUAGGACCCAUUGUUGUCUGCGAAAAUUCAUUUUUUUCGUAGUAAGCUUUGGAUUCUGUGGUAAACUCAGCUUUGGCCAACUUGUCACGUAAUUGGAUAGCAACGGUAUGUUACAAUAACAGCGUAAAACCGAAGACGAACUAAAAGAAACAGAAAAAAACCGUGAAACACAUGGAUGAGGAAAGGUUAAACAGUUUUAAUUCAAAUGAACGCAGAAAACCUGAAGUGAUAGUUGAGCUCCAUCUAUUUUUAUCGAAGUUUUAAUUAUAAUGAAAGAAGAGAAGCUUAAAAAGUUCAUUCUUCUGUAAUGUGUAAAUGAAGGAGACUACUUUAAGCUUCCAACAUUAUAUCUACAGGUUUAUACCUUAGUAGAGGAGACAAUGAUUUAUGCUAAACACAUUCUUACUCAAUGAAUUACAGCACAGAAUACGGUGA